GCCGCGCACCUGCAGCCCGCCCGGUGCAGCGGCGGCGGCGCCUCGAGGGUCCCCUCGCACCGUGUCCGCCGUGCGGUCGGGCUGGGUCGGCCGCACGGGGCGGAAGCGGCAGAGGGGCGAUGAGAGGCCCGUUCCGAGGCCCGGCUGGGGAGGUGGCGUAGAGGCUGCCGCUCCCCCCGGCGUUCAGACCAACGGAGGAGGUGAAAGCGGAAGGUGAAAGAGUUUCUUCUCUGAAGAUCAUUCUUGAACUUUGGUAAACAUGAGCUAGGCCAGCAGUCCUGUUUGUCUCCUGACCUGCAUCUUCCUUAGCUGACUGCAUCAUCAUUAUGAAUCACCUGCUCUGCUAGCAUUUCCCUGAUUAAUGAUUUAAUCUGCUUUACCAUAUUGGAACUAUUUACCACUUCUGUGAGCAAAAUAAAUAUAUCUUAUUCUAUAAUCUUAUACUAUAAUCUUUAUUUCAACUUACUAAGAAUGAGAAGUCUGUCUGCAGGAUCUGCCACACUUCUUUUUUUGGCAGUAAUAGGCUAGGAAGAUAAAUUAUUAUUUCAUUGAAUUACAAAACCAGGGACACACUAUUGUGCUAAAAAUAACAGGUAAAAUAUUAAGUUGGAACCCUUUCCAUAAUCAUUAUAGGGUUCUAAUUGCUUAAGUAACACAUUAUAACCUAACUUUCCAGGUUUGGUUUUAUUUAUUCUGCUGCUGAAUGGCUCCUGAGGAUCCACAUAGGGAGCACUCAACCCACCCAUCACACCCCACAGGUCUCUGAACAAUGAUAUCUAAGCAAUGGAUAUACUCUGUUAUCUGCCCACUGAAGACCACUGCUGUUUUUAGCUGCGCAGCUCCUGACUGUAAGCCCAGUGGGUUAAGUUCAUCUUUGGAGUUAUCCUAAUGCUGUUAUAUUAAGAUGAAUUCCUUCUGAUAUUUUUGAAACAGCAUUAUCUAGAAAACAUUCUUCAAGCUCUAAUUGUUUGUCACAGGCAUUUAUAACAUACAGAAAAACAUCACUUGAACAAUCUAAAUGUAACAAUAAGAAAGAUCAACACAAUAGAAUAGUGAGACAAGAGAUGCAACGACAAAGGGACCAGCACAAUAGAAAGUUGUCAUAAAAGAAAAAGUAUUCACUUGUCUCUAAAGACCUAGGGCUUGCAAUAGAAACUCCACAAGAGAGAUAUCUCCAACCAGAAACUUUCCCCACUGGCAGACAGCCCUUAAAUGAGGUCUAAGAGAGCUGCAGCCAGGCUCCACCCCUUCUGGUCGCACACAUGAAUUGCCUUCACCUGUGCUCCCAGGGCUGACUGAGUCUUUUCCCCAGGUGCUCAAUCAGUGACUCAACACAGUACGGUGACUUACCACACACUAAGAAAAGUUGAGUCUCAUUUUACACAUCAUGCCACCCCCGAUCUUUCUUAACUUGAUGUUUAGAUGUUACAAAACCAGCUUUGAACUUCAGAAGAAGUAACAGUUUCAAAUGCUAUGCAUGACUGGAAUUGAAUAUUCACUUUAAAAUAUUUCUAAGUGAACAUUCUUUCACAAAGGUGACAUUAUACUUGACUUUUAGCCCUCCAGUGCUGCUUGGAAUUGUGGAAGCAACAGCAUCAUGAAUGACAACUGCUCUGGAAGCAGUUAUCUGAAACGAAGCCAGACCUUUUGAAUAAAGCUUUCUAUGACAACUUGCCUUGUGAUCACCAAGUGUAUUUCAGAUCAUCUGUUUUUCAAGAUCCCAUCUUUUGAUACGAAAGGUUACAGCUUCAUAGUUAGCUGAAGCACAAACCAUCAGAUCAUAACCCUUUAAUCUCUAAAAUGCCACACAAACAUCUGCUCUCCAAAAGAGAAUACAAACAUUUAAGCUCCGAAGAUCUAUAGAUAAUUUCAUUUCAGUCCCUGACAAAUCCAGAUUAUUAUCGUGCUUGCUCUUUCCGGCAUUUGCUAAAGCUUCUUUGUCUUCUUCUGCGAAUUUAUAAAUCACAUAUUUCAUAGGCUCCAGAUCAUUGAUCUCCUGGUGCAGUACUGUGACUUGCAGUUUACAAGUAAUAGCCACGAGUGGGUAUUACAAGUGGGUGGGUAUUUUAGAACAACACUUCCCUCUGCUGGAUCUGUGGAUAGUGACAGCUGCACUCGCACUGGAGAGAGCUGCCCCGGUCCUGUACCACUAGGCUAGGCAAGAGACCCUGCUCCCUCCAGACAGCUUUGGGUAGUAAGAGACUAGCAACGGCCUUCUUCAUUUAUCAAAUUAAUAUGAUAGUCAUAAACAUUUGAUGUCGCAUCAGCUGACCAGGAAUAUGUGCUACAUCUUAAAGGACUCUAAUAGAAACCAAGAAAAGUGGUUGUGAAUUUUAAUUGAGUGCUAUACUUCUUAUCUGGCCACCUGUUCCAAACUACCAGUAAUAACCAGCAUAUCACUUUUCAGAGCAGUUUUUGAUGGAAACUUCCAUUUUCAAAUAUAGCUGUUUUGAGUUCAAAUCUGUUGGAAUAGUGCCCCCAAAGUGAGGGAGGAUGAAGAGUUAGAGAGAGAGGAGAGAGGAUUGCAGAGACAAAUGAGUAUGGUUGUACUUCACUCAUCAUCUCCAGGAACUGGUCCCAGUGCAAGAAUACGUGUACUCUUAACUCAGUUGUACAAACACAACAUAAAGUCAUAACUACACAUUUUGCUGAACAAAGAUUCUGUUCACAUACUCUGCUGAAUGAAGGCUUUUGAUGGACUUCAAAACACAGGAUGACGAUGAAUAGAUGAAAGAUGGUGGAAGGGGAACAGAUAAUAAAGAUAUAAUCUUAAAACAACAUUCCAAGUCAGAGAAAUGUACUUAGAAACAGGAAGUAGAGAAGUUCCACAGAAAAAAAACCCGUCAGAAGAUUGGAUCAAAGUGGUAUGCAGUGUUAAAAGGUAGAACAGACGACGGUGCCGAAGGCUGUACUGAGGUGAUAUGGAGUAAACCUUCAUUCAAAGACAGGAAGCAGGUGAUUACAUAGUAGGUAAUUCCUAUGUUCAAUACAAAGCCUGUACUAAGCAGAGAUAAAGUCUAGUUAGAAAAUAUUGUACAAGAAAUAUUUCUUCUGAAAUAAAUGUAUUCAAAGAGUUUGGGAAGGAAACAGAAGGCUUGAAUAAAGAAGAAACUAGUAUGUUGGGACCAAGGAGACAUCCUGAGUAACAGUAAGAGGGAAAGGAAAUUAAAAAACAUACAGCAUAAUGUAGGAUAAACAGUCAUUUUCUAAGCAGGAUGUUUUCCAGUCAUCAUCUGUGUUUUAAAUGCCAAAAAAUAAGGGUUAUUCUCUGCUUAUUUUAGAUGGCAUUACAUUCUUUUGUCCUGGUGAUCCUAGCAUCUUAUUUUUACUGAGUAAUUGUGAAGUCUUGUCUGAAACUUUUCAAGAAAUCUGGAGGUGGACUUCAAGUAAACAGAGCAGCUAACAAUGAGUAUUUAUUCCCCUAAUUGCUUUCAACACAAAGUAAGUGUUUUUUAGUUCUACAAACUCUAUAAGCACGAACAGUUCACAUAUGACACUUCAUACUGCAUUACUUACCACUGAUCAGUGCAUGCUCAAAUUCUAAUUAAAAAAAAUGAUUUUUUUUAAGCUUUAGGAUUCUACUGUGUAGCAGAAAUGCUGAGUCACAGCCUGAAACAGUGAUUGAGCACCUGGUGGGAAGGCAGGGCCAACUCAGGGGAGCUCAGGUCACUCAGGGAGCCCUGAGUGACUGGAAGGGAUGGAGCCUGGCUCCACCCCUUCCCAGACCUUAUUUAAGGGUUGGCAGUGGAGGCAAAGAUAUCUUAUUGGAGAUUCCUGUGUAUCAGAGGCCUCUCAAAGGGCUUACAGACACAACAAGGCAGACUGUGAAGUGUCAGCUUGGCAAUGGGCUGGGAGUAAGAUAGAUGCCUCCCAGCUGUGAGACUCCAGGAUACCCACGGUCUAGAGAUGUGUAGGUGUCCUGCCUAACUUACUGCAGAAGCAUGGAUGUAGGACUGGCAUUAAGAUGCUGCAGACAUCAGCGUGUCUUCCUGUGCUUGUGAUUGAAAAAGAGGACUGUUAGCACAAGAUAGCUGUGCAGUCCUGAGAAAGAAAAAAUGAUAAGUAGAGGAAUCAUGAGCAAAGGAAUCUUCUCAUGUGUUGUCUAGUUGCUUUCCUGAUCAGAAAAAUAGGAUUUCAUCAAUUCUUGUUAGCAGCCAAGACUUGUAUAUCCCAUCAGUAAUUGAGUACCUUUUCAUCUUGACAAAAAAAAAAGCUGGUGCCCUAAGUUUAUAUAAAGAGGAAAUUAUAUGCUCUUUUGUACUAUCACGUAUAAAGUUGUUUUUAUGACUUGCAUAACACCACACUGGCUAUACCCCAAGAGAAACCUGACCUAAAUUUUGUUUUUCGUCUCUACCUGAUUUCAUCAAUAUCCAGUUUAAUUAGUCUUACAUGCUGUAACUAGGCUAGAAAACUCCAGUAGGCAAAAAUUAGCUAAGUCAGCUGAUUUUUCUAUGGACUGUUAAUAGCAGCCACAGAUGCCAAGUAAUUUGGCAUCUACUAAAGUAAUUUUCUCCUCUUCAAAUGAACUGCCUCCCACUAGCCUAUUUGGCAGCAUAGAGAUUCCUGGCUCCUGUUUCUUCUUUACAAAUAAGAUAUAGCAGGAUUAUAUUAAAAUAAAUUAAUAAAAAAGUGCACUAAAUCUCACUUCCAGUGAAAUGAGGAUUGUUAUGCAGUUACGACAGCCAUGCAUGGAUUUUAUUAAAAAAUAAAUAAAUAAAAUAAAAAAAUCAGGAGGCCUUACACAGCAGUCACAAAAUGAAUGAGAUGCUUCUAAACUGAAUGUCCAUAUGAGUUACUUGGGAUGUCUUAAAAAAAAAAAAAAAAAGACAAAACAAUUUAAUGUGAGUGCCAGCAAAAGUAGUUUGAGAGGAAUGCUACUGCGUGUUAAGGAUCAACUAAGAUUUUUCAUAGUGGUCUAUCAUUACAAUGGACUUUGACACAUAAGUCAGGCCUAGAGAAUGUACCAUUGUAUGGAUUUCCCAGUUAUGCCUGCCUUGUACAUGAGAUUGCGAAACAUCUGGGCACCAAUGUUGUGAAUGGCCAACAGAAGUGACCGUGCUAUGACAUGACAAAGUUUGUAAUCUGCUGCCCUCCGAUGGAUACUUACAGAGAUUACAUCUAAGAGUGCAGAACUGCAGGCAGCAGGAGCACCGUGCUUGAGACCGCUAAACUUCUAAAAAGCACAAAAUAAAAUAAAAUAAUAAUAAAAUGUUAAGUUCUUUCUGUACCAUGUUUAGUAUCAAAGUCACAGCUAGGUCUCCUUUCUUAGUAUUAUUUUUUUCAGGUUACUUUUGCAUCCAAGUAGAUGUGUUCUAUUUCACCCUAUGACAGAUUAAUUUUUUUCAAUCUGCUCUUGCUAUUUUAUGAUAUAUGAAUACCUAUAAUGAUUACAUGCAUAAUAUAACACAUGCACUAAUGAUAUCCAAGUGGUAGGUGUUCCCGCUACAUCUGAUUAAAAAAUACCUGCUAACAUUCUGCCUGCUAACCCACCUCUUCAUGACCAUUAUUGAUACACUAAGAACUCUUCUAGUAUUAAUGUUUAAAAAUAAAACAAGUAAGACUUGCUAUGAAAAGUAUCUUAUGUGCAGUUCUUUAAAAACAAUUUCUCUAUUAAUGGAGAUUUUAGAGCAAGGAGUGAAUUUGACAUGUAAUGUCCUGUUGCUUCAAUAGGCCCUUGUAAAAAAUCUGGCAUGUGAAGUUCUUUCAGCUGUGCAGCAGUCUGAGAUACUAGAUGAUAAGAUCACAAUGUUACAAAACAUGCUCAUCCCUUCCUAGAACUCUGUAUGGUGAUGUUGAUAGAAGGGAAACCGGUUUUGUAAAGAUUUGUAAAAACAGAACAAGGUUGGGAAGGAGACAUUUUAAGUGUAUGUCUCCUUAAGUAAAUAACCAAAUUUAGUGACAAUGAAAGGAAACUUUCUGUGACCUCAUACACCUAAUGGGAGCAAGCCUCAAAGCAGUCAGGGUGCACCCAAACAACGGUACCCACAGCUGUCUGAAGUUUCACUUUGCAGUGACCUCAGCUCUCAUUUAGAAGUGGGGUAGCUUCUGUGUGUGCAUGGAAACUUAGCAGUGUAAAUCCUGUGAAUUUGUGGGAUGCUUUGAGAAAAUCCUAUUCUUCAAAGAGGUGAACUUAUGUACGAGGUCUGUGUUAACAAUUCGGACAUUUCAUUCCCUCCCAAAACAAAGUCCAAGAGAGUAACCAGCACAGUUUGCACUGGCCUAGUGCCAAUUCUUAUGUUUUUCAGGAGGUUACUUUUGUAUGUGGUUUCUUAUCAAGAGAAGUACUUGAGUAUGAGUUAUCAGGACAAUUGUAAUUCAAACUCUGGCAAAAAUCCACCAGAACCUGGAAAGCAGCAACCUUAUUAAAAUGUUCAGCUGUGUUCCUGUGCCUUACUGUGUAAGCACCAGCCUUUCCCCUGGAUUUCACCACGCAUCAGUAGCACCCGCGCCCAGUUCCACCUCAGCCGCCCUACUCGGCGUAACGCUUCAUGUGGCGCUCCGGCGCCCACCUUCCCCUCAGGAGGGGACGCCAAGGCCGCAGGCUGAGCACCGCUUCAGCUCUUGUCCCGCUCCCCGGAGGCUGUGGGGCACCCGGUGGAGGCGCUGCCGCCGUCCUCCCGCUCUCGUGUGGCGCUGGGCCGCACCUAGCUCGGCCCGCGCGGAUCCGUGCUCCCUUCGGCCGCUCACGGCCCGCACUGAGGCCUGCCUUGGGCUGCUGUGUUUCCAUAUAUUCAAGAUUUUUUUUUCCCCUUCUGCUCCUCAUACAAUUUUCACAGUUUCUACACUUCUCUGUCAUUAAAGGCAUGCUUUUUGUUUCACGAAGCCUCUGUUGCCGUGGCAUUGGAGCGUACCAACUACAAACAAAUUUACUUUCUAGGUCCAUCAAGCUUUCAGCCUCUGAUACAAUGGCCUUUAGACACAAAAACACAAGACGAAUUGAAGGCCUUGAUAGCAAUGUGUGGGUUGAAUUUACAAAGGUGGCAGCAGAUCCCUCAAUUGUUAAUCUUGGUCAAGGCCUUCCUGAUAUAUGCCCUCCCAGCUAUGUUAAAGAAGAGCUGGCAAAAGCAGCAGCAGUUGACAGACUGAACCAGUACACACGAGGCUUUGGGCAUCCAUCGCUGGUGAAAGCCUUGUCUCAAGUAUAUGAGAGAGUUUGUGGAAGAAAGAUUGAUCCUCUCACAGAUAUCCUGGUGACAGUAGGAGGUUAUGGAUCUCUCUUUAGUACAAUACAGGCUUUAAUUGAAGAGGGAGAUGAAGUAAUAAUAAUAGAGCCAUUUUAUGACUGUUAUGAACCAAUGGUAAAGAUGGCGGGUGCAAAGCCUGUUUUUAUUCCACUGAGAUUUAAAAAUGGUGGGAACUCUGCAUCUAGUGCUGAUUGGAUCUUAGAUCCAGCUGAACUUGCAAGUAAAUUUAAUUCCAAAACAAAAGCGAUUAUUCUGAAUACCCCACACAACCCUAUCGGCAAGGUAUUUACCAGAGGAGAACUCCAAGUAAUAGCUGAUCUCUGUAUUAAACAUGAUACUCUAUGCAUCAGUGAUGAGGUGUAUGAGUGGCUGGUGUACAAGGGAAACAAACACAUAAAAAUAGCUACGUUGCCAGGUAUGUGGGAAAGAACAAUAACUAUAGGAAGUGCUGGGAAAACAUACAGUGUAACUGGUUGGAAGCUUGGUUGGUCUAUUGGCCCCCAGAAUCUGAUUAAGCAUUUGCAAGUAGUUCAUCAAAAUACACUAUAUACUUGCCCAACUCCAUUACAGGAGGCUUUGGCACAAGCACUUUGGGUAGACUAUAAACGCAUGGAUGACCCUGACUGCUAUUUUUACUCACUGCCUCGAGAGCUGGAAAGCAAGCGGGAUCGGAUGGCUCAGCUACUUCAAGAAGUUGGGCUGACACCGGUUAUUCCAGAAGGAGGAUACUUUAUGAUUGUUGAUGUUUCUACAUUAAAUGUGGAUCUCCCGGAUGUAGAUGAGAAUCAACCUUAUGAUUAUAAAUUUGUCCGAUGGAUGAUAUCAUCCAAGAAACUCUCAGCAAUUCCUCUUUCAGCGUUCUGUGGGCCCGAGACAAAAAGGCAAUUUGAAAAAUAUAUACGUUUUUGCUUCAUUAAGAAAGACAGCACUCUGGAUGCAGCUGAAGUGAUUCUGAAGAACUGGAAGAAGCAGAGAGCUUGAUUUUUGUUGUUGUUGUUUUUGUUUUUUCUCUUAAUUAACUCUUCUGUCUGGUGUAAUUAUCUUACACUAGGGCUUUUAUUGCAAACUUAAGAACAAAUUACUUAAUAUGGUCCAGAAUUAAUAUGACAUUGUAAAUAACUUUGUACUGCCACCUGCUGAGGAGUUAAAACAGUGAUUUACUGAUAUUUGUAAUGCAACUCAGAGGUUAUUUUCCUUCUUUUCAAAAUAGUUUACUUUUUUCCUUUAAAAAAUAAUCUGUGGGAUUCACAUGUCUUUGUCUUACUGAAACACAAAGAGUUCUAGAACUGGGAAAUAAGUAAUUGUUGUGGCUAUUUUUUUUUUGGUAUGAGGUGGAGGAAAAUUACUGUAUGUCUCGGAGAAGAUAACCACAGUGCCUUUCUAUGUACCUGUCUACUCUGUCCAUGCACAGGUUGCAUCAGUUUAACUGAAGUGAUUGAGUUAAAUCAAUUGUGUUUAUACAGGCAGGAUCUAAAGGGAUAAUCUGUAUUUGAUUUUCCCACAGUAGUCUUGUGCUGUUCUGAAGGUAUUCAGUCCUCAAUAAAAUUAUGCAAGUGGCA